CUUCCCUGCGUAGACUUAUAGUUUUAUGCAAGUCAGUGCAGCAGCUGCAGUCUUUUUGCGCAUCUUGCACGCACUUUCGAAAGGAGGAUGGCAGGUAACUGCACUGCCCAAAUCUCCCGGAGAAAGUAAAAAGAAAAAACUUUGAUCUCGAUUAAAACUAAACUAAAUUUGCUUUGACGGUUACAGUAUUGGGUCCAGAAGGACUUUAUUUGAGGAUGCAAUAUUGUUCGGACUAGCUCAUAAUAAAGCGUGUGAUUAGAUAUCACUGCCACUACAUCGCAGCAUCAUUUAUUCGCAUAAUCCGUCUGCAAGCUGCGACCUCCGCUCCGCAUCCCCCGGCAAACCAAGGCUGACCUGGUUUUCUGCACUGGCGUCUCGCUUCAUCAUCGUAUAAAGAGCAUCAUCUCCCUUCUGUGAGUGAUGUCGGACUGUAGGCGACAGUGGAACCGGGAGGAUGAGCUCCCUGUGUACCUGGCUAAACCCAUCUCGACUGGACCCAACCAGCGUCACAAGUCUCAUGGAAUGUUCAGCUCUGUCGAGGGCGCGUAUGAUAGCAAGACUAUCGAUUUUGACCAGUACUCCGUCGGGAGGAAGGGGAACAGGACCUCACGGAGCAGUAGCAGGGAACGCAUUGUGGAUGGGGAUUUUGAAGCCUAUGAGAUCAGCGGGGGGUCGUUCAUCAGCUCCCCGGGCGAGAGGGACGACGGGCGUCCUGAAAUCACGGAUCAGACUGGAAAGGAAUGUCGUUAUGAGCCAAACAAUGGGAAGAGUGAGCGGCUGCUGAUUAAAGGUGGAAGAGUGGUUAAUGAUGAUCAGUCCCUAUAUGCUGACAUUUACAUUGAAGAUGGACUUAUUAAACAGGUUGGGGAGAACCUGAUUGUGCCGGGGGGUGUGAAGGUGAUUGAGGCUAAUGGGUGUAUGGUGAUCCCUGGAGGUAUUGAUGUGAACACCUGCCUGCAUAAGCCUUACCUGGGCACUCCACCUGUGGAUGACUUCUAUCAGGGCACCAAAGCUGCUCUAGCAGGUGGAACCACCAUGAUCAUUGACCAUGUGACUCCACAGCCCGGCGACAGUCUAUUGGAGGCCUUUGAGAAGUGGCAGGAUGUGGCUGAUAAGAAGUCCUGCUGUGAUUAUUCACUUCAUGUGGAUAUCCCACAUUGGCAUGAAGGUGUGAAGGAGGAGCUGGAACAGCUGGUACAGGAAAAAGGAAUCAACUCUUUCCAAGUGUAUAUGGCUUACAAAGGGUUUUUCCAAAUGCCUGACUCUCAGUUGUAUGAAGCGUUCUCCUUCCUUAAGGAGCUGGGGGCAGUGGUGCUGGUGCACGCAGAGAAUGGAGACCUGAUAGCACAGGAACAAAGCAAAAUCUUGGGAAUGGGCAUCACUGGUCCAGAGGGCCACCCACUGAGCCGUCCAGAGGAGCUGGAGGCAGAGGCUGUUUUCCGUGCCAUCACCCUCGGCAACCGAGUGAACUGCCCUGUGUACAUCACUAAAGUGAUGAGUAAGAGUGCAGCUGAUACUGUGGCCAAUGCACGGAAGAAAGGCUCUGUUGUUUUUGGUGAGCCAAUCACAGCCAGCUUGGCAACAGAUGGAUCACACUAUUGGAGCAAAAACUGGGCGAAAGCAGCAGCCUAUGUGACCUCUCCACCCCUCAGCCCUGACCAGACGACACCUGACCACCUUAACUCUCUACUGGCCUGUGGGGAUCUGCAGGUUGUGGGCAGUGGACAUUGUGCUUACAGCACCUCUCAAAAGGCCAUAGGGAAAGACAACUUUACCCUUAUACCCGAGGGGACCAAUGGAGUGGAGGAGAGAAUGGGUUUUGUUUGGGACAAAUCUGUGGCCAUGGGGAAGAUGGAUGAAAACCAGUUUGUUGCAGUUACAAGCACUAAUGCAGCCAAAAUCUUCAACCUGUACCCCCGGAAGGGUCGGAUAGCAGUGGGUUCAGAUGCUGAUAUUGUUAUCUGGGACCCCGCCAAGAUCAAGACCAUCACAGCUAAAGCACAGCAGUCGGCUCUUGAGUAUAAUAUUUUUGAGGGGAUGGAGUGUCGUGGCGGUCCAGUGUAUGUGGUCAGUCAGGGCAGGAUUGUGUUUGAGGAAGGGAAGCUUCAGGUUCAGCAGGGGACUGGACGUUUCAUCUCCCGCAAACCUUUCCCUGACUUUGCCUACCAGCGCAUUACGUACCGCAACAAGAUGAUGACCAAGCAGGGAGUUUCUCGUGGGAUGUAUGAUGGUCCAGUAUAUGAUGUCCCAGCAACACCCAAAUACAUAACCCCAGCACCCUCUGCCAAGACCUCACCCACUACACACCAGCCUCCACCAAUCAGAAACUUGCAUCAAUCUAACUUCAGCCUAUCAGGGGCUCAAACCGAUGACAACAUUCCUCGGCGCUCUGGCCACCGCAUCGUAGCUCCCCCUGGUGGUCGUUCCAACAUCACCAGCCUUGGUUGAGCCUUCUGCAGCUCCCAAGUGACUUUGAAAGAGAGUGUGUGUAUAUUUGUGUGUGCGUGCGUGUGUGACAAAUCAUCAGUAUUCUCCUCUCACAGGGCCAUGCUAUAAACAGAUUUUUGUGCAUCGCAUGCAUGUCAAAAUAUCACUCUACCUUUACCUGUGCAGUAAAUGUCCCAUCCACAGUGAAUAUUACUGUGUACAUUGUGCACAUCAGACUCACUGCUAAAAGACCUAGAAAAAUAUAUAUAGAUAGCUAGACAAUCACUAUAAAAUACUCUAUAUCCAUAACAACUUUUUAAAAAGUAGCAUUUAAACAAUGCUAAUAUAACUACUCAUAUUUUUAAAUCGAGCCCCUCAUUCUGCUAAUGUGACCCCAGUGUUUGUGACAGUGUUGAAAAUGUCCUGCUAUAAAGCCCUGUGAAGCUUGUCGUUGGUCAUCCCACAAAAUGGUGCUCUUCCUACUGGACAACUUACUGAACUAAAGAUAACUUAUUAGUAAUUUUGAGGGAAAAGUGCUAUGGAAUGCAGUUCUGAGAUCAGUUUAGGCACAGAUGUACUGCUAAUAAGUACAUUCUAAAGCUGAGUGAAGAUCUGCCCUUAUAAGCACUUUUAACUCUCAUGUUCUCUGUGCACUGAAAUGUUUUGAAUUCUGUGUUAUCAGUCUUUUGUGGUAAAGAAUGGUGAUGGAUUGCAUGAUUUCACUUUUAGAUGUAGGUAAUAUUCACAUCUAAUCUUUAAUUCUUACUCUCUUUAUACUUUGAAGGAUAAUUUUAUUUUUCAUCUUAUUAAAUUUGAAUCGUUUUACAAGAAAGGUUUGUUAUAUCACUUUUUAUUUUCAUUUUAGUAAAAAGGCUGCAUGCAGCUCUUAGCUGUGUAGAUUAUGCUUAUUGCAAGAUUAGAUGUUGACUAGAGAAGGUAUUCAUUACCUCAGUAUCACAAAUGCAAAAUCAACUAUAUAUAUGCAGGAAGAGCAAGUCACACAUGCAUUCAGAAAGAGCUGAAAAGGCUUUUAUCUAAUAUGCCUGUUUUUUCUUCUAUUGUGAGAUUUCUACAGUAUUGCUCCACAUCCAAACGGCACUAGCCUAGUCACUGUGUACACUAAAAGUCUUAACACUAAAUUUCCUCUAGAUAAAGAGUGAUUCCUUUUGUUUUGGACCAAUACAAGGCCAAUUCCAAGUCUGCUGUAUUGCUUUCAUACCCUGUUGUGAUUUCGUAUUGCCUAUGGUAUUUAUAGUGUUUAUGACCGAUGCCAUUUUAGUUUCUGUAGGCUGAUAUCCACUAAUGCACUCACUGACUGUUGCUAAUGAUAUCACUUUGAUAUGGUGAAAUAAAGUCUGUGAAUAGAUGUUGUUGAA